UUUCCCUCUAGUCGCGACCCCCAACCUGUGUCCCACCACCCGAGUCCCCUGCCCGUGGACACGUCCCCCAGCCCACGCCCCUCAACCGUGUGCCCUAACUAUGGCCAAGUCUGCCUCGUGUCCCCUAGCCAUGGCCACAACCCCAGUCCGUGUCCCCUGUUAGCCACAUCUCCAACCUGUGUCCCACCAUUUGUUCCUCCCAUCCGUGGCUCUGUCCCCCAAAUCACGUCCCCUACCCUUAGCCACAUCCCCAACUUGCAUCCCACCACCCGUGGCCACGUCCCCAUUUCAUAUCCCAACACCCCUAUCCCCCAUCCGUGGCCCUGCCCUCCAACCCAUAUCCCACCACUCAUAUCCCCUAUCCAUGGCCGUGUCCACCUGUCCACCACCACCUCCUGUCCCCCAUCUGGUGCUAGGGUCACCCGUAAGCUGUGGAGACACUCGUGUCACUGGCACCUUCGCCACCGCCCCCCCCCCUUCGGGUGUCUGGAGCACACGUGGCGGGUGCGGCAGCCCCGCCUCAGCCUUGCUCUCACUGAGUGCCCAUCAGUGGGGAUUAGCGGGGCUGAUGUAGGACGGCAGCAGGCGGGCGGCGAGUCCUGGCAGCCCAGCACCAUGCGGGACCGGCUGGAGCAACUCCGGGCGAAGCAGGAUGCUGAUGAUGACACCGAUGAGAUGGAAAUCGCCAUCGACAACACAGCCUUCAUGGACGAAUUCUUCGCUGAGAUUGAGGAGACCAGGCAGAACAUCGACAAGAUUUCAGAGAACGUGGAGGAAGCCAAGAAGCUCUACAGUGUCAUCCUCUCAGCCCCCAUCCCUGAACAGAAGACCAAAGAUGAAUUGGAGCAGCUCACAGCUGACAUCAAGAAGAUGGCCAACAGCGUGCGCAACAAGCUGAAGAGCAUGGAGAGGAACAUUGAGCAGGAUGAGGCCCGCUCCUCUGCCGACCUGCGCAUACGCAAGUCCCAGCACUCAGUCCUGUCCCGCAAGUUCGUUGAUGUGAUGACCAAGUACAACGAGGCGCAGGUUGACUUCCGAGAGCGCAGCAAAGGCCGGAUCCAGCGGCAGCUAGAGAUCACUGGCAAGAACACGACGGACGAGGAGCUGGAGGAGAUGCUGGAGAGUGGGAACCCCGCCAUCUUCACCUCAGGGAUCAUGGACUCGCAGAUCUCAAAGCAGGCACUGAGUGAAAUCGAGGGGCGGCACAAGGACAUCGUGCGGCUGGAGAGCAGCAUCAAGGAGCUGCACGACAUGUUUGUCGACAUCGCCAUGCUAGUGGAGAACCAGGGAGCCAUGAUCGACCGCAUAGAGAACAACAUGGACCAGUCUGUCGGCUUCGUGGAGCGAGCUGUGGCUGACACCAAAAAGGCCGUCAAGUACCAAAGCGAAGCCAGGAGGAAGAAGAUCAUGAUCAUGAUUUGCUGCAUUAUCCUUGUCAUCAUCUUGGCUUCCAGCAUCGGUAGCAUCUUUGCCUGACACCUCAGCCACUCCCCACAGGUGGCCUUUCCCCAUCCUGUUUGGUGAUCCUGCCCGUGGCCCUGGGACCCACCUGCCAAGCCUUGAGGACGUCACCCCGAGGUCCCUCCUCACCCACUGUCCUCACACCAGGGUCCCACAGCUCCCUCCUCACCAGCAGAGAGCCAGCCACAGCCAGGGCUCUGCCUUGCCUGGUGGUGAAAGCAGCUCACCCCUCACUCAGAGCUCGCGUGCAGCCAUUCUUCCACAGAGCUGCUGUCCAGAUGUGCCGACACCCGCACCACAGACCUCCUCCCCAAUAAAGAGAUGACUCACACUCUGCCCCAUGGUGCUGUGUCAGCGAGUUGUAUCACCCACCUCCGCGUCCCAUCCCCACAUCUGAGCCUCCACAACCCACAGUAAUCACACCCAAAGAAAGGUAAUGAAGCUGGCGAGGGGUCUGAAGCACAAGUCUUAUGGGGAGUGGCUGAGGGAGCUGGGAUUGUUCAGUCUGGAGAAGAGGAAGCCGAGGGAAAGUAUUAUUGUUCUCUGCCACUCCCUGAAAUGAGGUAAAGUUGGUCUCUUCUCCCAUGUAAGGAGUGAAAGGAUGAGAGGUAAUGACCUCAAACUGUGCCAGGGGAGGUUCAGGCUAAAUAUUAGGAAAAACCUCUUCUCUAAAAGAAUGGUCAGACAUUGGAACGGGAUGCGCAGGGGGUGGUGGAGUCACCACCCCUGGAGGUGCUGAAGAAACGUAGAUAUGUGGCAUGAGGGAUCAUGACGUAGUGGGCGAUACUGAAUCACAGAAUCACCAAGGCUGGAAGAAAACUCCAAGAUCAUUGAGCCCAUACACCAAUAUUUCCCCACUCAAGCAGGUCCCC